GAACACACUUAAAUUCACCAUACCUUGUGACACAACACGUUUGCAUGAGCGAUUACACUCUCUAUCAACUAUAUACACUGAAUCAGGUCCCAUAACGCAUUAAUUCAACUCACUCAACUGCGUGCAUUUAAAGCCAUCAACAUCUUCUUACCAAUCUCCAUUAUCUUCACCCAUGGAGAACGACGCCGUUCUGCGGACCUCCCUCGUCUGGCUGGCUGCGAUAAUGGUGUUAACGUGGCUGUACACGCAGUCUCUGAAGAAAAUGGCGGUUACCUACUUGUUCGGGAUGCUUGCUAUCGGCGGCGUCGUUUUGCCUGAUUGGAAGUUCUUCGACCGCCCUGUAUCUCAGUGGUGCACCCUCGUCACCGACGAUGACGCCGACUCCUCUCAAUCUGCACCGGCGACGGCGAGGUUCAAGUUCUACCCCGUCCGACUGCUUAUUUACGCAACAGUUUAUGGUUUUGCUUUUCACAAAUGGUGGAAGUUCAUAACAAGUUAGUGAGUCCACGGUGGGCCCUUAAAGAGUAGUAGGCAGUAAGGUUCGAGUUCCACUAGAAGUAUGUGUAUUUUUGUCACUUUAUGUGGGUUAUUAUAGUUUAUCUAUUAUUAUUAGUUGUAUUGAUGCAUUGAAUGAAUAUGAGUUAUUGUAGUUAAUUUAUUUGUUAUUAGUCAUAUUGAUGAAUUAGUUGAGAAA